CAUUCCUGGAACAGCGCGAGAGAGGGAAAAAAAUCACCAGCGACCUGUUUCAAGUCCCCCCAAUAGAAACUGUGCCUGAUUUGUGGCCAAUGUUGGAGAUGUAAAAAAAAAAAAAAGAGGGAGAGGGGAGGGAAAACACUAAAGGGGGUAGCUAUGGAGAUAGAACGUUUUCCUGGCUGCUUUCUUUGACAGGUGUUGAGUGGGGUAAAAGUCUUAAACAGAAUCCAGCAUGUACGCCAAAGGUAAAGGAGCUGUCGUCCCUUCUGAUAAUCAAGCGAGAGAAAAGUUAGCUUUAUAUGUGUAUGAGUACUUGCUACAUGUUGGCGCACAGAAAUCGGCACAGACCUUCCUGUCAGAGAUCCGAUGGGAGAAGAAUAUCACAUUAGGAGAGCCUCCUGGAUUCCUGCACUCAUGGUGGUGUGUAUUCUGGGAUCUGUACUGUGCAGCUCCAGAUCGACGGGAGACAUGUGAACAUUCCAGCGAGGCCAAGGCUUUCCACGACUAUAGUGCGGCAGCAGCUCCCAGUCCUGUGAUGGGCAACAUGCCGCCCAACGACGGCAUGACAGGUGGACCCAUGCCUCCCGGCUUCUUUCAAGGCCCACCCGGAUCACAACCAUCACCACACUCACAGCCCCCUCCACACAACCCCAACAACCCCAUGAUGGGGCCACAUGGCCAGCCUUUCAUGUCUCCACGGUACCCAGGUGGACCUCGCCCAUCACUCCGCAUGCCAAAUCAGCCUCCCGUUGGAAUCCCAGGGUCACAGCCACUCCUGCCAAACAGUUUGGACCCCACCAGACCGCAAGGACAUCCAAACAUGGGUGGGCCGAUGAGAAUGAACCCACCCAGAGGAAUGGGAGGCAUGGGCCCACAGAACUACGGCGGUGGAAUGAGGCCCCCUCUGAACUCUCUCGGCGGUCCUGGAAUGCCUGGCAUGAACAUGGGUCCAGGAGGUCGAGGGCCUUGGCCUAACCCUAACGCAAACUCAAUAGCAUACUCGUCUUCAUCACCAGGAAACUAUGUGGGGCCUCCAGGAGGUGGCGGCCCUCCAGGAACUCCCAUCAUGCCAAGCCCGGGAGACUCAACGAAUUCCAGUGAAAAUAUUUACACAAUGAUGAAUCCAAUCGGCCCUGGUGGCAACAGACCGAGUUUCCCAAUGGGGCCGGGGCCUGAUGGUCCGAUGGGUGGAAUGGGAUCGAUGGAGCCGCACCAUAUGAACGGGUCUUUAGGCUCGGGUGAUAUGGAUGGGUUGCCAAAGGUGAGAACUUGA